UUGGUUCCGUUUUCUUCCCGCCGGGUCGGAUAAUUUCAUCUCGAGCUUUUUGGUAACUCCGGGGUUGCUUUCGGCGCGCUUGUUCUUCCUGACGACAACUUGCAAUUGGAAGUCCAGUAUACACUUCAUCCACUUCUAUUUUAUCUUCGUGAGAGAGUGGCCGGCUCCCAUGAGAUGAAAUGCUCUUUUACUCAACGUCGUUGAUCGCCAUCUUUGCAACUGACAAUGAUUGCGCAGCAUACUACAUAGGUCUUUCCACCCGAUUUCACGAAUUGAUUCUCUUUCUCUUUCCCCCACCCCUACUUCAUCCGAUGAGCAGCGUCAGAUGCUCUUUUUACUCAACGUUCAUUGCUCGUGGGCUUGUGCUCUGUCUCUUUUUAUUUUCCGUUCGAGGGGACUCAGUUCUCUUCCGGAGCAAUGAGUAUUCUAUAGGCGCGUUGGGAUAUGGGCCUUUCCAAAGUUAUUUCUCGGCGAAUUAUACACCUGCGGAAUGGAACUUUGUCGUUCCGGUCAAUGAAAGCGCGAGCGCACCGUCGUUGUCGACGGGAUAUAUCUUUUCUGCUCCUCGAGGUGCUUCCGUCCUACGUCAAGGUGCUGCCAUCUACGACCAAACUGGUUCCUUAAUAUGGGAUGGAUCAAUCUAUGGCCAAACCCUUUCAUUUUCAGUUGUCACAUAUCUCAAUGAACCACACAUCAUCGUUUGGACCGGAACAGCAACAGCGGCUGGUGUAGGGAGUGGGUAUGAUAUUCUCUUAAACUCGAACUACGAGUUGGUCGCCAAUUUCACCACCAAUCUCACGGGUGAAACAGGACAAACCUUCGCUGAUUUCCAUGAAGCCCAGAUAACCUCAAACAAUACCGCUUUAAUGACAGCGUACCAACCAAAAUCGUUAGACCUUUCGUCGAUUCAGGGACCUGAGCAAGGAUGGAUCCUUGAUAGUGCCAUGCAAGAACUUAAUAUCAGUAGUAAUGAGGCUUUAUUCACUUGGAUAGCAAGCGAGCACGUAAAUAUUACAGAAUGCUAUAACACACCUGGAACGGGUGGAGGCAGCGUUGCUGAAGCUUUCGAUUACUUUCACAUCAAUUCCAUUGAGAAGGACGAUGUCGGGAACUACUUGAUCUCCUCCCGCCAUUGCUGGACUGUGUAUUACCUCGACGGAACUAACGGAGAUAUCCUGUGGAAAAUGGGUGGCAAGAAUUCGUCAUUCAGCAUGGGGAACGGAACGGAGUUCAGCUGGCAACACCAUGCCCGAUGGGUAGAAAAAAAUGAUACAUAUGCGACCAUGACGUUAUUUGAUAAUGCAGGACAGUUUGGUCAACAACAAGAACAGAUGUCGCGAGGACUUCACCUGGGGGUUGACUUUACUAAUAUGACUGUCGAGCUUCUUACAGAACUCUUGCCGUGGAAUCAAAGCAUUUCACAAAGUCAAGGGAGUGUCCAGCUUCAACCCAAUGGGAAUUUUUUAGUCGGGUUUGGCCAGCUACCUUGGACUGGCGAAUAUAGUCCAGACGGCGAUUUGCUUUGGACUACACAGUUUGGUGUCGGUGAUGUGGAAAGCUAUCGAGCCCUGCGAUACAACUGGACCGGAACACCCACAGACUCCCCAUCUAUCGAGCUGGUCAGUUCUUCCAAAAGCAAUCUACUGAGUGCUCACGCAUCUUGGAACGGCGCAACCGAAAUCGUCAAAUGGGAAUUAUAUGGCGCCAGUGAUUCUUCGGGGUCAAGCAGCAUCUCUCUAUACAACAAGACCAAAGACGGAUUUGAAACAACCAUUACGGUCUCCACGGUUUCCAAUUCUUAUAGCCACUACGCAGUACGGGCCAUUGGAAGAUCGAAUCAAGUAUUGGGCACGAGCGAGUUCGUUAGUUCUAGUUCGGCGCUGAGGAUUACUGGACGGACUGCCCUUGCAGUUCUUUCGGCAUGCACUGUUUUGAUACUAUUUUAUUGAAAUAUUCUCUAUAAUGUGAACAGAUAAUAGACACUCCUUCUAUUCAUUCCAUCAUUUGUCGCACUUUCAUCAUUCGGCCACUCUCUGUGUCCCCCUUGAAAGUCGAGAAAUAGUUAUCUCUUGCAAACGUGAUCACUUUUCUCAUUGGUGGUAUAAUCUGCUCAAUCUUCGUCAAGGUAAUUGUUCAAUGUUGCAGUGGGCUCUC